AUACACGAGCAAUCAAUUCACAGCACGCACCAUUAUUUCCCCGAAUGAAACAGUCUCCGUAUUUAGCUUUGAGAAGACCAUCUGGCCCAUAUUCUUCUGAUUGUUCCAGGGCCAUAUUCAGGUAUCCAUCCAGGCAUGCCAGCACUCCUGUAGGGUAGUAGAGGUGGUGGAUAGCGAUGGUUGAGCAGGAUCCACAAACUGAACUGCGAGGAAGAUGGUCACGACAAGAAUGGGGUCCUACCUCGAUAUUCAAUUCCAGAAUUCAGUUUCACUCGAACAGGACGCCCCAGCACUGACUUGAGAAAAUCCGACGGCGAUCUCUUGGACUGUGGUUGGAUGCAAACAAUGUAUGUGAGAGAGUUGGACGAAUGAAAACGGCAGUUUCUUCGUUGCCUCAAUGAAUCCAACCUACCUUUUCCGCAUCAGCAGCAGGGGCAGCAUCUGCAGCGGCCUUUGGUUCCUCUGAUGACAUUGCUGUUGUUGUUUCACUGUUGGUUACAAGCUACUAGCUGGACGGAGGAGGAAAGAUCCGUCGCAAUGUUGCGUUUGUGGCUGUCAUGGUCGUUGGUCGAGGCCAGUGUCAAAUCUCUAACCCUUUCAAAACCAUCCGUGACUUACUCAGUCCUGGUGAAGGCUCCCUCUUCCAACCGCACGACCUCAUUUAUUUUUGCUCAUCAUUUAUUUUCACGCCUUGAUCUUCAAGUUCGAGCCAUUGAGAGACUACUUGACUCGACUGUACCGGUACGUAACAGCAAAGAAGAAGAAGAAGAAGACGCGACGGCGUCUGCACUUUCUCUAGUUUCAUCUCCAAGAAUUGUUGGUUUUACACCGCCGACACGAUGACAGUUCACGCCAACGACGACACGACGACAGUCAGCCCCACCGCUGCGAAUAACGACACCGGAACCUCGUUCGUUCCCAAGGUCGAGUGCACCGGAAGUGACAUCCAGUCGUUUCCCCUGUGCAUCUUCACGACCAACAUGAGAGAAGAGCAGGGUCUACCCGAGAUCCUUGCCGUGGACGUGCAGCCAGCCGCACGCGACGAUGUGCACCAGUGCCUCGAGUACGUCGCCUACUGCAUGGUCAACAGCAAAAUGGUGGUACCGGACCGCUAUCGAUUCACAUUGCAGUUCCAAAAUCACCAAGUCUAUUUUGCGUGUCUCCAAGCGACCACCAAGCUUGACGUCCUGUACGAUUCGUACAUGGAGGAGCCUCGUCCGGCAUCGGCCGACAUGGUGAUUGUGUUGAUGCCCAUUGGUCGCUCCUUGUUGUGGGGACACCUCCCACAAGCCCCUGACAAGAAGACUCGCAUGCGUGACCACAUCAAGGCCGUGUUGGAAGAGCGAAUGGCGUCGCCCGAAGGAUUUGUGCGUUUCGUGGAUGGCAAGGCGAAGAAUGUGCACCAUUCCAACUUGGCUCGUGUCUCGCUGGAAGAGGCGCUCUCGAAUGACGAUUGGGAAAUCGACUGGGAAGGCAACACGAGCCAGAAAUGCCGAGAAGUCAAGAGACAAGGAGGAGAAGCUCAAUUGUACCUCCAGAAGCGUCGUGGAGAAGUCGAGUACCUCCAGAUGCACGCGGCUCACUUUCGCGAACUGUUGGUCGAUUGCAUUGGCGCCGAACGUUCCACGUUUUACAUUUCGCAGGUUUGUGACAAGGGCAGCCACUGGACCGACUUGUACCAGGAAGGGAAAUUAAUCGUGUCAUGUUGUGCUGACGACAUGGAGUUGGAUUGAGUACGGUGCCACGGAGGCGAGCGAUGGUGGCCGACGACAUGGCUCGAUAGCUACUUUAGGACCGUGGCAUCACGAGCUUUUCAAAAGGAAUCAAUCGAUGAAUCAAUCAAUGUACUACGAAACGGAAAGACAACAGAAAAAGGCAGCUCAAGAAAACACAGCAUAACCUAAACAUUACCAAUAAUCAGGCCUUGCGAGAAGAUCCGUGCCGGCAGCUUGUGGUAUAUGUAGCGUCA